UGCACUAGUGCAGCAGUGCAGCUAAAACGAACAGACCCAAUGGUACAAUAUGUUUCGAUCACCAAAUCUGCACGUGCGUGUAUAUUCGUGAAUAAGAAAAAGUUCAAGAAAGGCAAGUUCAAGAAUACAGUGAUUAUAUAUUAUAUAUAUUAUUUAAUGUGACAACUUAUUUGAUGACUUAUGUGUAUGACAAAAAAUUAUUAAUAUGCCAGAAAAUAUUGCAUGUUCCAGUAACCAAUCUAUUCCGGUACAAGAAAGAAAAAAGAAAGGCCUAUCAAAGCAAAAUGCAUUGUAUUCUGUUGUUAAAUUUAAUGUUGAAUUUAAUGAUGAAGAAAAUGAAACAUACUCCGUAAUUCCAACCUUUUGGUUAAAAGAUAAGUACACUUAUUGGCCAAAAAAAGAUGUACGUAAGUGCAUUAUAAAACGCAAAACACCACAUAAUGAUUGGACUCUUUAUCCAGUUACUAUUAUUGGUAAAUAUGAUUCAUAUGAACAGGCUCUACAAAAAGAAAAAAUGAUGGAUGACAAAAAUACAGAAUCAGAAAAUAAUUUAGGCCGCGGAUUUAGGCAGAAAAAACUUUCACAUUUUCUUGCAGAAGAGAAUGAUAAUUUUUAUUGUGGAAAGAUUAGUUGUCUUUAAUUACUAUCUUUAAUUACUUAUUGUUAAGUCAAUUUAUUUUUAUAUUG